GAAAUCCUGGGUGUUUGGACAUGAAUGGUGUUGACUUGAUGGAGUCGCAUCGAGUCAUUCACACAGAUCCAGAUGCUGAUAUGGACUCCUUGCUGGAUCUCAGCUUCCUGACCGAGGAGGAACAGAGCACCAUUGCAGAAGUGCUGCAGAGAGACUCACAACUCCAACUGUUGGAGGAGGGACGGAUCAGCAAACUGCGGGAGUCUGUCUCUGAUCCCAGCUGGCUGAAAAUCCUCUCUGGGGACUGGUUCUGGGAUGUCCGUUCCAAGCGGCACAAUCACUUCGGCUCAGACCUUGUCCGGGCUUCUAUCCGCAGAAAGAAGCCCAGAGCAGUUCAAUGGGGACCAAAGCAACGGGCCAGCCUGGGAGAUCUGGAGCCAAUCAGGGAGCCUUCUGCGGAGGAGGAGAAGGAGAACAUCUUUGACAUCCAGGAUACGGUGGACAGUCUUCCCGGCGAGGUACCUCCUCCACUGUCUUGGUCCAAAGAUCCGCAGGAUGCAACCCAGUCCCUCGAACAGGUGGCCGAGACCAAGCCAGCUGAGAGAAGUGACUCCUUCAGUAGCCUGAGUUCAGAGACUGAGGAAGAGGAGAGACGACAGACCGACCAGCAGCCGCCCAUCUUGGUCUCCGUGCAGAGUAACGGAAGCAAGGAAAAUGGCAGGGAAGGAGCUUCAGGUUCUUCCCCUCCAAAGAACAAUAUGACAAGUCCCCAGAUUAAAGUGCUGAGCACCAGUUCUUCAUUCUCCAGUCUCAGCUCAUCCACGAUGAGUGGCAGCCUCAUGAGCGUGUUCAGCGACAAUGAACUCGGAAGCGUGGAAGUCAGUGGCUGCAUCCAGUUCUCCUUGCAGUAUGACACCAAAAAGAAGGAGUUGCAAGUUCAGAUCAUCCAGUGCCGAGAACUCGCGGAAGCUAGGAAGCAACGGACAGACUCGUAUGUCAAAACCUACCUUCUUCCUGACAAAUCCAACCAAGGCAAGAGGAAAACAGCCAUCAAGAAGCGGAGCCUAGACCCCAUAUUCAAUGAGACGCUGAAGUACAAGAUUGACAAGGCUGAGCUGCAGGGCCGCAUCCUGAACCUGUCCGUCUGGCAUCACGACUCCUUAAGCCGAAAUCUCUUCAUGGGAGAAGUGGAGAUAGAGCUGAAGGCCUGGGACUGGAGCAACACAGGGCUCCAGUGGUUCAACCUCCAGCCCAGGACGCCAGUCACUCCCGAUGCUCUGCCCAGCCGUGGCAAACUCAAUGUAGCCCUGAAGUUCAUCUCAGCCGGCUCGGAAGGGGGAGGGCUUCCUCCCACCGGAGAGCUGCACAUCUGGGUGAAGAAUGCCCAGAACCUGAUUCCCUUCAAGGGCAGUUCUGUGGACACUUUUGUUCAGUGCUACAUACUCCCUGAUGACAGCAAGGCAAGCCGCCAGAGGACCCGCACUGUGAAGAAGAGCCUCAGCCCGAUUUUCAACCAUACCAUGGUCUACGACGGGUUCCAGGUUAAGGAUCUGGUAGAGGCAUGUGCCGAGUUCACCAUCUGGGACCAAGAGACCUUCUCCAAGCAGCGGCUCGGAGGCAUCCGGCUGAGCCUUGGCACAGGAAAGAGCUACGGACUGCCAGUGCCUUGGAUGGAUUCGACCGAGGAGGAGCGCCACGUAUGGGAGACGGUGUUCAAGAAGACAGGCCAGUGGGUAGAAGCUGGCCUUCCUCUACGGACCAAUUUGAGCCUUAGGACUUAAUCCU